AAAGUUAUUAGCUUUCGAGUCACAGAAGAUAAACCAUCCAUCGAUGAUACAAGUGAGAUAAACUCACCAGCAUGAAAUCCAAGCCGCAAGUUUAUGAACACAUUAGGGGAUUCAAAGGCAAGAAGGACUUUUGUUAUUUUUAUAGAUCAAUUUCACCACUUCUUAUCCUAAGAAACUGAGGAUGAGGAAUAUAAAAGAAACAUCUCUAUAUUCUUCUAAGGGGAAAAUCUCGAGUAUUCAAAGUGGAAGUCGAAGGCGAGUGAACAAGUAUUCUUCUGAAGGGAAAUUUUCGAAUACUUCAAAGUUAAAAUAUUCCAAGAAGAACAAAGGAAGGAACAAGGUGAGAAUACAAGAAAACAUGCGAUCUGUUGAUAAAAUGGAUUAUUUUUAUGGGCCUUAUCGAAAAGACCUUCUCUCAGAUUCUAAAGAACUACAUAUGACGUUCCAAGAGAGCAUGAAGGUUGAAAGGGAGGCUAAUCCUCACUGGCAGUCUAUUGCUGAAUGCAUCAUUGGCAAAGAUAAGGACUCUAAUGAUUCCUUUAAGAAGGUACUUAAAGGCUAUACUGCAAGUAAAAACAUAUCAAACACAAUCCAAAAAAUGAAGAGAGGUCAACCGAACCUAAACUCUUCUGAGAUAUCCCCUCUUGAGAAAACUAUCUUACGCAUUCGAAGGAAGAUCGGGAAGCAAGAAAAGAACAAGCAGAAGAAUUUAAAGAUCAAAGAGUCUCGAGACAAACAGAAGAAGUCAGACACGAUAUUUGGUUCUGAGAUAGAGCUGAAUAGGUUUAAAAUAAAACCAAUGCUGUCUCCUAAGAAGAGAGCUGAGAAAAAUCCUAAAAAUACAGUGAGUUGAGAUAGAUUUGGUGAAGAUUCCUUUCUACAUUCGAGCAGAGAAGGAAAAUCAACAUUUUCUCGUGGAAUCGAAGAAAGCAAAGCCCAGCUAACUCAAAUCUUUAAUUUCGAUCCUAUUUGUGAAGGAAGUGAUGACCAAGAGAAGGAGAUUGAUAUAAAUGACGAAUGAGUGAUUAAAAUUCCAGAGCAAUCUGAAUCAAAAUCAUCAGCAGAAGAAGAACAAAUGAAUUCUCUGUGCUCUUCGAGCUCUCAGACUUCAUCAGGGUCAGAAACAUCUUCCAAAGUCUCUGUAAAUGAAGAGUUUAGAAGAAAUAUGAUCAAAAGAGGAGCUAUUAGAGUAUCAGAAAUUAACAAAACAAAUAAUUAUUUCCCAAAGAAAAGUCGUAUACAGCAGCAAAACACAGAGAACAGGACAUUAGGCAUGCAACAACAUCUAAGAGCUCUCUCAGGGGCAAAACAUAUGCGGAAAUAACACAAGAGUUGUGUCAGGCUAUGCUGCUGAUUUAAUAAAGCUUUCACCAAGGAAGGAAAAAAUCCCCAGUGUGAUAGACGGAAAGAAGAUCAAGAGCACAUUGUCUCCAUUUUUUAGUCACAGUAAGAACUCCAGGGGGUCUCUAGCAGUGCAGAAUAUGUUCAGUUUCCAAAAAGGUUCAUCGAUAUGUUCAACUGGAAAAUCGAAGUCGAACUCAAAUCCUAGGUCGCAAGUAAAGGAGAAGAAGUCAAAUUUUGCGAAAAAUUCUUUUACUAAACCUCUAAGCCCAAAUGAAGAGCGAAGGCCUAGCCAUAUCGAGGAGCUCCAGAUAGAAUACGAAAAGAGCGCUAAGGAUAUUGCUAAGCUUCGUAACAGGAAAUCCAUCGUGCUCAAUUUCAUACCAAUAAAUAAUGAGGAGGAAGGUACUCAAGAGGAACAGAAAUGUCAAAACAAGGAUUUAAAAGGCAUGCAAGGAAUUCAAGGAGAUAGUAUAGUCAAGGUCAAGAGAACAUCCAAAGAAGAGAGCAAAGGAUUUGAGCAAAAUACAGCAAUGGACUUAUUAAAUGUCAAAAUUGAAGAAAAUCAUACUUUUGGAUUGGGUGAGUCAUAUAAUGAGCCUCAGAAGAGCACUAGGAUGGAUCAAAAAGAGGAGUUGAAAAUACCAACAGAUUCAUUGAAUAAGCGAAAAGCCACUUUUCUCCAGAUUGAUCAGGACUAUAUCAACAAUAAUCUCCUUCUAGACCGCGUCCGAGUGAAGGAAAAUAUCAAAAGAAAAGAAAAGAAGAACUUGAAAACUACUCUUAGACCUUUUAGUAACCGUCAUUUUCAUCCUCGAAUUCUAUCUCCUUCCAGGAACAAUUCCAAGGAAAGGAAUCAUUCCAAGGAGCACGACCAUUCUAAAGAGGGUACUUACUCAAAUCCAACAUCUCGCAUAAAAGUACGAUCACCGAUAUAUUGUAAACGCACAAGAUUGGAAGUCCUGAACAGAUGAAAACCUGCAUGUCUGAUAGAAAGACUUCAAAUGAGUUCGAAGCAGGACACAAGGGACUUUAAAAAAUCUUUAAAAGCAGCCUGACUCAGAAAAUAAGGGAAAAGAAGUCAAGAUUAGAAACCUCAAAAGGCGGGAUAGAUUUAAAACUAUUCGAGUCAAGCAGAAACCAGAGGGCCAAAAAUCUCCUAGGAAGAAAAUGAAAUGACUGUCAGAAUUCUCACCCUUUCCUAUCCAUACUCCUACUUCCAGAUUUCAAAGUAGUGUGAGAAGAAGAAAUCAGCUCUCCUCUAAAUGUCUGAAUUAUUUAAAUCAAAAAGAAGCUUACAAGCCAUGCAAAAUUCCAAUUCUACAGAGGAAAGAUUUGAAAAACUCAAAAUCACCAGUUAAUAGACCUAAGAAAAGGCCUUCAGAACUCCACAAUACAAUUACUAAUACAAUUCGAGGAGUGGUUUCGCCUGAUGAGGAGUCUAAAAUUAGUAAUGUGAAGGAGGCUACUUCAAAGAGAGCUCAAUUUAGAACAAAAGUUUUAGAAUUUCUUAAUAGAAACCAUUAUGAGAAGCCAAUUAAUAGUGAAAUCGAGAGGAUUGAGACCCAAGAAAAGGUUUAUCCUUUCCUCAAACGAGGAAGAAGAGGAAUUCUGAACACCGAGGUACUAGGAACCACCAAAAUACCUCAAAAGAGUAGAAAUAUUCGAAAAAUGUCAAAAUUUUUAUCAGUAUAAUUGACUGCAUCAUUUAUUUAAACCCCUCCUUCCUUCA